UCUGUUUCACGUGACUCGGCAUUCCGCACCGGGACUUGAACGCGUCCUGACGUCUGCUGUUGCUCUCCUGCGCAACAUGCCACUAACGGAGCCCUAUAAUACCUAAUGGAUGAAUACAAAUAAAUGCAUACGGAGAAACCAGGACGUAAUCAGUGUCACUUGUAUAGAAGGAAAAGGAUUUUAUUAUUUUCGGAUUGCGCACUGACCUGCUUCCAUCCGCGACUCACUGCGCUAGGCUAUUAUAUCGCGUUACUUCCAAGUGAAAUUUCUGGAUUGGAAACAUGAAGAAGUCAAACUUGUGUUUCCAGCUCGUCGCCUGUUCGAUGAUUUUAGGGUUCGUCCGGGCUGUGACGUUGGAGUUGAGAGAGGGAAACUCCACCUGUAUCAAGGCUGAUCUUUCCGCCUCUUUCUCCAUCACCUACAACACAACUAACACCUCGACCACAGUAAAGGUGGAUCUCCCGGACUCUACUACGGUGGAUCAGGGCAGCAGUUCAUGUGGCAGCGACGGGCGUCCGGCGUCGCUGGUGGGCGUGUUUGGGCCAGGCCACACCCUCGGACUCGUCUUCUCUAACAAUGGGAGCAUGUACAGUGUGAACAUGCUGAUCAUACAGUACAACCUGAGUGACAGCGCUCUGUUCCCCCUGGCUAACAGCUCAGACGUUGUCACGGUGAUGACGGAAUCUGUGGGGAUGUGGGCAUGGCUCAACACCACCUACCGCUGUGUAAGCCCCGCUUCUAUCCCAGUGGGAGGGGCAAUAGUGACCCUCUCUGGGGUUAAGAUGGAGGCGUACAUGACCCAAGAAGACUUAAGCCCCGUUGAGAGUGUCUGUACUGCUGACCAAGAGGGUACCACGUCAGCGCCUACAACACCCAGCCCCACCACGACGCCAGUGCCGUCACCCACCCCGCAAGGCCUCCCUGAACAGGGAACCUACGCUGUUACCAAGGGCAACGAAACCUGCCUGAUGGCCAGGAUGGGACUGCAGCUUAACAUCACCUACACCUCUCAGUCCAAGAACAAUACGGUCCAGGAAGUAGUGAACAUCCACCCCAACCUGACGACGGCUUCGGGCACGUGUGGAGCCAGCAUCUCCACCCUGGUCCUGGACCAUGAGGGAAACACAAUCAUCUCGUUCACCUUCACUCUGAACACCACCUCCAACAAGUACCACCUCAGCGGCCUCGUGCUGGUGGCCAACUGGUCCGACAUGAGUGAACCAGUGUCGGUGAGCAACAGCAACCUGGCCUACCUGACCAGCGUCUUGGGCCGGUCUUACUCGUGUAACUCGGAGCAAAGUCUGAUCAUCACAGAGGCGGUCUCCAUUAAUACCUUCAGACUGCAGGUGCAGCCGUUUGCUGUGAUCAGCAAUCAGUUCGCUACGGCGGUAGAGUGCCAAAUAGACCAGGACCAGAUGUUGAUCCCCAUCGUGGUGGGAGCCGCUCUGUCUGGUCUGGUGCUUGUGGUCCUCAUAGCCUACCUGAUCGGCAGGAAGAGGAGCAACGCAGGAUACCAAACCAUCUGAUCGACCUCGCCCACGUCUCACCUGACUGACAACGCCAACCUCUCACCUGCUUGGCCGUGGCCACCUACGACCUGACAGACCACACCAACCUCUGACUGCCCAGACCAUCUCUCAACA